GUUGUUUUUGUCACUUUGUAACAUUUUUUAUUUUUUUUUGCCCUGGGCAACUCAGAGUCUUCAACGACCCCGAGCUUUAAACCGGCAUCCAUCAAGUCUUCAACAGACAUGCCCGAGUCGAGUCUUUACUUUGCAGCGCCAUGUCCUCCGUGACGACAUUUGGCGCUGAAUCGCAACCGAUCCGCAUCGCCAUCUUGCUCAACUCAUAUCGUUCCCGUCUACUUCCCGCCAUCAGGGCCUCCUACGAACGAACCAUCAGUGCCGUCGCCCCGGAUGCCAGGUUGGCCUUCUACGAGCCCGCCAACAAGAGCGGCCAAUUUCCCGACCCAGCCUUCUUCGAUCUGAUAGUAUUCGGCGGGUCCAACGUUGACCCGCGCAAAUCGCACCAAUGGAUUCUUGACGUGCAUGAAUACCUCCGCCGUCUUGUAACCCAGUACCCAGAGAAGAAGGUCUUAGGUAUCUGCUGGGGCCACCAGACCAUCUCGCGCGUUUUCGGUGGUAAGGUCGUCGAUGCCGCGUACCCAGAAAUGGGUGUAGCCACCAUAGAUCUUACGGAGGCGGGAAGACAGUUCUUCCCCGAAGCGGCCGCCCUAGGGUCCUUCAAGCUGCAGCAGCAUCACCGGCGUGAGGUCGCCGUGGCGCCGCCAGCCUUUGUACAGUUAGCUCAGGGUAACCAGUGCCUGCUAAGCGAGAACAACAUGAUAUUAACAUUCCAGGGCCAUCCUGAAAAGGAUGCCGAGACGGCUCGUCUGCGGUUGCACGACUCGAUGCGGUGGUUCGGAUUCGAUGCCUCGCUGGAUGAGAAGGCCUGGAUUAAGCUCCAGGAAAUAGUGAAUAUGGAGCAUGACGGCCCCGCCGUCUGGAGACGCAUCUUCGAAUGGGUCAAGGAGCCGCCGGUUCUAGGGGUUGGAGUUGUAGAUAAAACAAGCAAAAUGUAACGUAAUUCGCCCUCGCAAUCUUUAAGCGGAGCCUCAUGUUAAUAUAUUUUCCGUAAUCUAAAAUGAAGCGACUAAUUCGGUAUGCUAUUUUGGAUUAGAUUUUGAUGAUAAUAGCAAUGUAGAAGUGAG